AUGGGAAACAGUGCCCUCCGCGCUCAUGUGGAGACCGCGCAGAAAACUGGUGUCUUUCAACUUAAGGACCGUGGGCUGACCGAGUUCCCCUCAGAGUUGCAGAAGCUGACAAGCAAUCUCAGGACCAUCGACUUGUCCAACAACAAGAUUGAGAGUCUACCGCCUGUGGUCGUAGGGAAGUUCACUCUGCUGAAGAGCCUCUCCUUGAACAAUAACAAAUUAACUGCUCUUCCUGACGAGUUAUGCAAUCUGAAGAAGCUGGAGACACUAAGCCUAAACAACAAUCAGUUGAGAGAGCUGCCGUCUACUUUUGGGCAACUAUCUGCCCUUAAGACCCUGAGCCUCUCCGGGAACCAGCUGAGAGCCCUGCCCCCGCAGCUGUGUAGCCUACGGCACCUGGAUGUAGUGGAUCUCUCCAAGAACCAGAUUCGGAGCAUACCUGACAUAGUCGGGGAGCUGCAAGUCAUCGAACUCAACCUCAACCAGAACCAGAUAGCUCAGAUCUCAGUGAAGAUAUCUUCUUGUCCUCGUCUUAAAGUUCUUCGUCUGGAGGAGAACUGUCUUGAGCUCAGUAUGCUUCCACAGAGCAUCCUCAGUGAUUCACAGAUCUGUCUGCUUGCUGUGGAAGGCAACCUUUUUGAAAUUAAGAAACUUCGAGAACUGGAAGGCUAUGAUAAGUACAUGGAGAGGUUCACAGCCACCAAGAAGAAAUUUGCAUGA